AGCUGACUUCGUAGUGGUGAAUUUCGGUCAAAACGUUUUCGAGGAAAUUGCUGGAAUCUCACGAAAUCGGUGUUGUUGCCACGUUAGUAGUGGUCACAUAAAAAAAAAGAUAUUGGCGUAUUAAGCAAAAAUCAUUCGAUUUUCGUGUGAGUGUGAUAAAAUCAAGUCAUUAAAUUAUCACGCUAGUUUUCACCAGAAAGAUAUAAAUUUAAUAAGAAAAAUGUCGGACUGGGACACCGUGCCAGUUACGCUCCGAAAGAAGGCUCCAAAAGGUUCAGCGCUGAAAUCGGAGAAGGCAAUCAACAAUGCACGUCGCCAAGGAGUUGCAGUCGACACUCAAGUCAAGUGGGGAGGUGGUGCGAAUAAGCAACACGUCAUUACUAAAAACACAGCGAAACUCGAUCGAGAGACUGAGGAGCUGAAGCAUGAGACCGUACCGUUGGACCUGGGAAAGCUCAUGCAGCAGGGAAGAGCUAAUAAGAAUUUGUCACAGAAAGACCUCGCCACGAAAGUCAACGAAAAAGUCCAGGUGAUUAAUGACUACGAGGCAGGUCGUGGGAUCCCAAACCAACUGGUAAUUGGUAAAAUUGAGAAAGUCUUGGGGAUGAAACUUCGCGGAAAGGAUCGUGGUAAACCACUGGAGCCCCGGGGAUCAUCAGCGAAACAUUGAAUCUCCGGGGAACCACGAGCACUUGAAAACUUUCUUUAAGGUUCUUACAACAACAACAAUACAAAAUUCAAAGAAAAAUAAGUCAAAAUGCGUACGUGAAUGCUAGAGUCACCAGAGAUAAUCUCCAAGCACCGUUUUGUUUUCUUGCUUCCUUCGUUCUUCACAAUUUGUUUCUUUUCUUUCUUAUGUUUGUGCUUCAUUUUUUGAUACGAUGUAUUAUAACAUAGAUUUUUGUUACACCUCUGUUUAUAUAUUUGAAAAAGAAACAUAGAUAUUUUAUAAGAGAUUGAAAUUUGAGAAGAAAAGAAAAUCAAUGAGUAUAACGUGUAGGUGAAUUUACUCACAUAGGAAUCAUUGAAACAACUCACAAUUAUCCAUAAUAGAAUUCAUGUGGUUAUUCAUAGAAUCAUGUAGAAGAAUUUCCAACGUGAUUUACCCCCAAAUUGUACUGAGUUCACUAAUAAAUGUAAUUUAUGACUAA